AGUUCGCUGUGUGACGUCUGUUCUGCUGCUUGAGACUGCGGAAAAGUGCAUCCAGUCGUGCAUUCAAAGGUCCAUCUGCAGCCGCUGAUAAGCGCACGGAGAGCUGUGCCGUGCCCCCACACCUAGCUUUUGGCCUUGCAUCAUUUUUGCGUGGGAUUUCGGGUAGACACCGGGCGCAUCCAGGGCUAGCCCCCACGCAGAGUUCUAUAUUUGGGCUGAGCCUUCACAGAGCUGCUAUUUCAUCGGAGUCUCAGUGUGCUGCGGCAUCAUUCGCUGCCCGAAUGCCGUUCAAAUUGCUGCCCCAGUACGGCCCGGCGUCACUUGUUGCGUUGUUCGUGGACUGGCGUGAGAAUCUGAAGAAGGAGAUACGAGCCAAUGUGCUGGCCGCCAGGAUGGGCAAGUACCGGAUCCACCACAAGUACCAUCGCAUUCCCAUCGAGUGCUGUCCGCGGUGCAAGUCGACGGCUGUUAGGUUGGAAAUUCGCACCAGUCGCUCGCAGUGGAAGAAACUAAAGAAGAAUUUGGUCGAAUUGUGCUUCUGUCGGCCUUACAUUCCAGCGGGCAUGUACAAGCAGGGACACAUUUGCCGAUCCUGUGGCUGGAUGGAUGUCAUAAAGAUAUGCUAAAAGAAUAG